AUAGCUGUGCCAGUUGUUCCACCUGUAAACAGGAGUAUGUGAUAAUUCUCCUGUCGUUACCCCUCAUAUGGGGAGAUUGGAUCCCGCCCCUACUAAGACCACGGCACCGGUCCCUAGAUAUGGCAUCACUGUGUGCAAUGCCAAGAACAUCUGACGAGUCACCGUACUAUUUCGGAACCUCAGAUUUAGCAUGUGUAACAACAAAAGGCCGUUUACAUUUAAUAUCAAAACGAUCCAUCCAGAUAGACUCCGAAAGAAACAGAACCAAACGAGCGGCCCCAGAGAGACACGUGUUGGCCCCGACCCAUCGAUGGAUUUACUACAAAGGAUAUUUCUUUGAAUGGGGGACGGAUGCUGGUACGAAGAACCGUUUAUUUGGAUUAUUGAAUGACGCAAAUAGUUAUAGCAUAAAAUCAGGUUUUCCGUAUAAAGCAGACAAAUGUAAUUGGAUGAUGGAGUUCCUACCCGCGGGUUACUCGAGCGUGCCAGCGGAGUGUAUUAUGGGCUGUGCGGUCAAUUAUCGGACAAUGACGGGAGAUUACAGCCUCCUAAAUAACAAUUGCCACCAUUUUGCAAACACUAUUUCAAAUAUUUUAUGUUCUAAUAUUUGUCCUGACUGGUGUACUACACCCCUUUAAAUGUUAUACAUCAUGAAGUCUCAAUGUACUUUCACUAAAUGUUAUACGACGUGAAGUCUCAGUCAUGAACUGGUAAAACACUUAGUGUGAAAUUAUUUUUAUUUUUCAGUAUAUUGUUCAAAAGUUAUAACAAGAAAGACAAAUGUGAUAAGAGGUUGAUUUCUGAAGGGAUUGUAAAUAGUUUG